AUGUCCAAGCUCGACAUCACCCGCAAGAGCAUGAACGUGUCCAUCAGUGGACAGAGCGACAUGAGGAAGAUGGCGGCUAUAAUCGCGACCCUGGCUUCGUACGGCCACGAACAGGCUCAAAUGACGCUCGCGGCCGUUCUGGGCUCGUUAACACCACCAAGGGCGUUGCUGGAGGGCCGAAUGUGGUCGACCUGGGCUUGUGACGACGAUGAGGCUGCUCGAGACGCGGAAAGUCAAGGUGUCCAGGUCAAUUUCCGAGAACGCGGACCUGAAGUUGAGGAUGAAAAGGCUUGA